CCGUCCUGUUACUCUCGCGCGAAGUUUUGUGACUUGGAUUUGUCUGUCAUCAUUUUUACCUUUUUUUAUGCUGAAGUUUUCGUACAUCUGUUGCCCUUGUCUUUUCGUCAGUUUUCGAUCCAUAAUGUCGGCAAGCACGAAAACUCCGGCCACUACUAAACCUCCUUCGAAUGCGAGCACUCCAGCUUCUUCACAGUCACAAGCGUCUGGGUCCUCGAUGCCGUCGUCCCAGUCGAAUGCUAAUACGAAAACUUUCGAGCUGCGGGUGCCGAAGAAGCAUGAUCGGAAAGUUUUUGUGGCCAAAUUCAGCAACACUCUCGGGAUCGAUUUCGCUACCUGGAAAAAGAACGCGCCAGAAUUUGCAAAGGAAAAGCGCGUUACAGAAGAUGUGACGAAAACUGAAGAAGAUGAGAAAGCAGCACCGAAAGUUGGCGCUGGCAGCGAAUUCGGUAAAGAGAAGCGUGAUGAAGCAAGAAAACGGCGAUUUACCCGCCGCGCAGGCAAUGAAGAUUCUCCUUGGAUCAUGACGGACACUUCGUCGCAGAAGAAGUACAAAGGCACACGGGAAGGUGGCGUGCAGGACAAUUCGUCCUACUAUGUGUUUUCCACAACUGGUGGUGUGAUUGAAGCAUAUCCGAUCUCUGAGUGGUAUACGUUUGUUCCUGUACAGCGCUAUAAAGCACUGGAUGCUGAAGAAGCGGAAGAAGCCUUUGGAAAGCGUGACAAAGUGUUCAAUUACUUCAAUCUCAUGUAUAAGAAACGUCUCGGGAAGAACGAAGAGGGGAAGAAGAAGGAACCGGCGAAGGAAGUGCGGCAGCCAGCGGGCCUGUUCGCGGUGCACGCUCCAAGCUGUAAUUCUAACGAGUGGGCGGGUAUUACCAAAAUUAGCGAUGGUGAUGACGAUCUGAUGCCAGGUGAAAUGUCAGAUUCGGAUGAGGAAGGUGCAGCAGGAGACACCGAAGCUAUUUCAGGAGACGCCAAGAAAGGUAAAAAAGGCAAAGCCAAACCCAAGAAAGAACCGAAGAAAUCGCGAAAGCACAAAGAAGGGGAUGAAGAAGAUGGAGAGCCAGCGGAAGAGAGUGAUGACGGUGAUUAUGAAGAUCGGGAAGUGGAUUACGAAUCUUCAGCGGAAUCUGAAGUUGAUGAUCUGGAUCGAGCAUUGGAAGAUAUCGCUUUGAAGGGUGUUGAUGAGGAAGUCGCAGAAAUGGAAGAUGACGACGACGAUGACGAGGAGAAGGAAGAAGGCGAAAAAGAUAAAGCGGACGGAACUGGUGACGAUAACGCUGGUUCGGAAAGUGACAAUGAGGAAGAGGAUUUCGAUGCGAUGGCCGACUCUGUUUUGCCUGCAGCGAGGAAGAUCGACAGUGUGGAAACUGUCGCUGGCGCUGCCAGUGGAUCUGGAUCAGCGACACGCAUUACCAAGGAGCCCCAGGGUGUGGCCAGCGCGACUGGGAAAGGCAAGCGUAAACUGGAAAGCGAAUCACCGGCCACUGCCAGUAAACGUGGAAAAGGUGCUAGCGGCCCGGCUACGACUCCUGACGGAAAACUGGAAGCAUACAUUCGGUCUUAUCUUAUCCGAAAGCCUCUGACUUCCAAGGAGCUCCUCAAGAAAUUGGUCACUAAGCACGGGAUUCGACCUGAGGAUUUGAAAAGUCGUCUGGGCGAAAUUAUUAAACGGCUCAAUCCUGAAAAGACGAAUAUCAACGGGAAGUUGUACAUGCAUUUGAAGAGCUGAUCUGUGAUGGCAUGUUGAUUGACUAACACUCUUGGAGUUGUGGUUGAUUGAUGGUGAUGGAGUAGCGAUGUUGUGAAUGUGAAUUGGUUUGAGUUUUUUUCAGCGUUGAUUAUUGUAUAAAUUAAUUAUUCGGAUACGAAAAAGUGUCUGCAUUCAAGUAAUAAGUACAUGAAUGAUAACGCAUCUCCGAAAUUUUGUUCCAUCUCACAUGUUGAAUAAAAUAAAAACACCUCA